CCUUGGAACAAGUGGAACUAGUCUAAAUCCACCCCUGAAAUACAUUUUAUACAGCGUUCCCGUUCCUUGUGUAUGAUGUUAUGGUUUCUUUAUGAGACUGAACAAAGUCCAGGGGAAACAGGGGCGGAGGUGGAUCCAGGGGGGCUGGAUUGGGUGGCUAGCCACCCCCCUUUAGGACAGCCCACCUAAAAAGAAAUUGAUACACGGAAAAACAAACGGAAAUACGUGGGUCCCAAAAAUAUAGAAAUACGUGCAAUCGCCAUGCAUGGAAAUGCAGAGCCAUUGACACGAGAAGUGUAGUUUGUGAGAAAUUUGUCAGGUGGCGCUGCACCACUGCACCCUAGACGAAUGACGGCGUCUUCACUUUUGGCCGAGCCGGUUAGUAAGGUAUUUCUGUUAGCUUCUAUUUGUUUCCGUUUUGUCGCUUUUCAAGAGUUUGCAGUGAUACAGUCUCCACUUCGCACUUUCCAAAUCGUCAUGUUUUGGGACAAACGUAGGACAACUUAAAGUAAAUUGACGUGUAGUUUGGUGGUGGAUUGGUAUCAGCCACCCCCCCUUCCAAUUAAAAUAUCCUGGAUCCGCCCCUGGGAAAGGAAAACUGCCAUCAAUGUCGAUGACACUUACGAAGACAUGAAUGAAUCUUAAAGUAAGAAAGAGGGUCGACAAAAAUGUGCCGAAUUUGAGAGAUCGCUCUUUUCUCGUUUUUUUAUCGUUCAGUGAAAAUUACUUCGACAUUCCUAAAUGUGAAUUUUUUUUUACUAUUUAUCUAUUAUAGACAAUGGCAUCUGGAGAGCAGGCUGGACAUACAGGACAUACAGGCACGCACCCUCUCUGUCCAGAACAUAACGAUCCAUUCCGCUUUUUUGACGAAAAUUGUGGUCGUGUUAUUUGUAGGGACUGUUUCGCCCUUAGUCAUUGCGGGCACACGUGUGUAUUAGUAGCUGAAGCUGCUUCAAAAUACCGACAGGAGAUGGAGGCGCUUGUCACCAAAGCCAGUUCUCAAGUUGAAAAGAUUAAAGUUGCUGAAGGCCAAGUGAUGAGAGCAAGUGAUUCAAUGAAGGAGGCUCGCAAAAAAAGGAAUGAUGAAAUUCAAGAGUUUUUUCAACAAGUAAGGCGUGUCUUUGUUAUUAGUUCGAAUGAAAUCGAAAAAAUUUCCGGAGAUCAAAAUCAAAAAUUUCCUGAGAUUACAAGAACCACUUACGAGUAAUGGUCCAAAAAUGGAAAACGGAUUAUCAGUGAUUGAUUAAAGAUUAGAUACGUAUACGUAGAAGUAGCCCUUCGGUGUAUCAAACUUUUCCUAUUGUUAAAGUUGCAUUUUUGGAAGACAAUAGUGCUUCUGUUUCUCACAUUCUUUUGUGUUUCGAUAAGCGGCGUUCGACCUAUAGUCGGGUUUGAUCGGCUAAUUUUCGGUGUGACAUUUUUUUUUUACUAGUAGUGGUCUAGUGGGGCAAAAAUUUUAAGCGGGACACAAAACGAUCAAACACGGCAUCGCUUGAUUCUAAUUUUGUGUGAAAUGAUUAACUUUGGAAUAACACUAACUGCUAGACUGCUGCUAAUACUUAAAUAAAAGCAUCAGUGAGGGAUAUUGUCAGGGAACCCAAUGACUGUUUUCUGUGAAAUAUCUGUUCGGAGAAGCAAAAUUGCCUAGAAUUUAUUUCUAGAUGACCGUUCCAUUCAUGUAAUUUUUGAAAGCUUAUCUAUGAUUAUCUGAAUUUCUAGAUGACCGUUCCAUUCAUGUAAUUUUCGAAGCUUAUCUACGAUUUUCUGAAGUUUAAUUUUUCCCAUUUCACUCCCCAGGUUAAGCUAUUGUUCAAUCGUGAAAUUUUCGGAACCGAAAAUGCGAUGCAGAGAGGAAUCAGAAAAUUAUCACUUUCGUAAAACUUUAAAUUGUAACUAGUAAAAUUUUCAGGAAAAUAAUACUGAAUCCCUUGUAAUUUCGAAAAGACUCAAGUUGCCCUAGGAUGACAGAACAGAUAAAUUUUUUUAGCGCCACUUACAGUAUACAUUUCUAGAGAUCUAAAAGUACUCUGGAUAGCCUAAAUAGUGUUUUCAGUGCAUUUAGGAGGAAACCGUCGUUGGGUGCUCCUGUGUUGUUAGUAGUUUUCAAAUAGAGGCUGCUGAAGGACAACAUGCAAGUUAUAUUAUCUUUGGAGAGGUGUCAGGAAUAUGUGAGUGUGUUUUUUUCUUAUAGCUUCGUGACGCAAUAAAUAGCCGAGAGCGAGUUCUACUGGAUAAGCUGGUCAGUUUACAUCAAUCCAAGGAAUCCAUCCUCACGGGGCAGCUAGAACGUUUGCGAUCAAACAAAAAACGUUUAGAAAGUGCAGUUGAACAAGCAAAGUCCUCCAUACAAUCUCAUAACGAUGUUGGCUUCCUUGACAGUAGGCCCGCUAUAGUGUCCACUUUCGAGACAAAUCAUGAAAGCUACUCUUUAGUGCUUGAACCGGAGGCCCAGUUUUUACCAGAGUUUACACCGGAAGAAGAGGUGAGGGUUUCAGUUCUAGCAACAGUUCAAGGGCAGACAACACAAUUUUCCAUCCCGUCCGGAUUUCUGUUGGGUUCCCGAGGAUAAAAGUUGAACCAAUCAAUGUAUUUUGCAAACUGAAUAGUUGAACGAGACGUUUAUUUCUUAAUACAAACCUCGAAAUUAUGGUCGGCCCAAAUCGAAGUUUUAACUGAUCUUCAGCCUGUUUCUAGACAGAAUACUAGAUGAACUAAACGCUAAACUCAGGUGUCGAGUGUUGCGAGAGAAAAAUAUUUAACAGGAGAAAAACUUUAAUAAAUUAACAUUAACUUAUUGAAUUUGUCCCCUCAGCAGAGAAAUUCACUAGAUAAAAAAAGCAUCUUGCCCCUUCCCAAAACUCUUAGGGGUACAGUAGUGAGAAGAAAGAUAUCGAUAUUGAAUCCUUCUGUUUUUCAGCCCUUCCUUCAUGAUGAAAUAAACCUUUAACUUUUGAAAAGGAGCAAUGAACCAACCCAAAGAUUGUAAAUCUGAAAUGUGGUUGUCGCAAGUAAAAGUUUUACACAGAGCAACUACUGAGAAAAAAUCGUAAAUCGUUUUUAUUGAAAAUUAUAUUUUUUUAACUGACUGCAAUAAUCUCUUUUAGUCCUUUUUUGGCAUGGCGGGUCCCAGAAGUAUAAAGAAAGCUAUCCGGCAGAGCGCAGGCGACAUCAGUGACAGAUCAACUUGUGCAGCCAACUCUACUGCGACUGGCUCGGGAAUAAAAAGCGCAGACCUCGGAAAGAAGGCAAAAUUCACUAUUACUUCUCGCGACAGCCAAGACCGUGAACGCAAGCUAGGUGGCGACGUUUAUGCGGUGAAACUAAAUAAGGAAGGAUACGAAGUUAAGGUGGAUGUAAAAGACAAAGGCAACGGGAUGUACUUGGCAGAAUAUACUGUCCCUGAUGACCAUUUCAUGCGUUUCACGUCAUCUGAUAGUCAGCCGCGAACAGUUCAGUACACAUUGUCCGUGUGCUUGGUAGGUGCUCACAUCAGAGGCAGCCCUUUUGUUGUAAAAGUUACACGUCAUUCUCCCCCGAGCUUGACUGGCAUGAAGAACCGCUUCUCCAGUUCUCUGAAAUUUAAGUCAUGACUGGCUACACAAUACAAAACAAUUGAGGCGUCGACAGAACCAGCGUGACCGCGCUUCGGGGUCUCAAAACAUACCCUAAAAGUAAAACGUGUAAAUUAGUUUUUUGGUCAGGUUAUUAGGGAAUGGAUCUCGGUACUAUACAGUGAUGUACAAAGUGCGGUCUUAAAUAGAGGCUAUUCGACUUAUCACUUCAAAUCUCUAGGGGUGUUAGACAAAGAUGCCCCUUAAGCCGUUUAUUAUUUGUUUUACGUGUAGAGGUAAUGGCCCAAAAAGUAAGGCAAUCCCCAGCCUGCGUGACACGCGUUAAAAGGGGAAGGGGUCUCGCGCCCUAAUUCCCUUCCCCUUCCCUUUCGAACGCCUUCCACGUAGGCUAGGCAAUCCCCGGAAUGCUGAGAAAUAAAAUUACCGCAAUCAAUGGAAGUGUAGACACACAUUUUGCGGAAUAUCAACCCAAAUUUGAAUUCAUCGAAAUUCUUUUUUUAUUUCAUUUACCACGCUUUGAUUCAAAAUAAUAUUUGGCGCAGAUAAAUCGGUAUCGGGCUGUUGGUUGAUGACCACUCUUAUUAGAAGAUAACUAAACGUUAGAGCGAGACGUGAACAGAAGUGCCGGUUCAGCCUCAAACCAUGUUAUGAAAAUUAAGGGCC